AAUGCAGUGUCAUCCACAUCUCCUCUUCCGAAAACCCUGAGUGAAGUGAGGCAGAGAGAAACAGCAAGAAGCAAGAGAAAAAAAUGGUUUCAGGUUCCGGCGUGUGCGCGAAGAGGGUGGUGGUCGACGCUCGCCACCACAUGCUCGGCCGUCUCGCUUCCAUCGUCGCCAAGGAGCUUCUCAACGGUCAGAAGGUCGUCGUCGUCCGCUGCGAGGAGAUCUGCAUCUCCGGCGGCCUCGUCAGGCAGAAGAUGAAGUACAUGCGCUUCCUCCGCAAGCGCAUGAACACCAAACCCUCUCAUGGCCCCAUCCAUUUCCGUGCUCCUUCCAAGAUCUUCUGGCGCACCCUUCGCGGUAUGAUUCCGCAUAAGACCAAGCGUGGUGAAGCUGCUCUUGCUCGAUUGAAGGUGUACGAGGGCAUUCCUCCUCCAUAUGACAAGAUGAAGAGGAUGGUUGUUCCUGAUGCUCUCAAGGUUUUGAGGCUUCAGAAGGGGCACAAGCACUGCCUCCUUGGCAAAUUGUCAUCUGAGGUUGGAUGGAACUACUAUGACACCAUCAAGGAGCUCGAGAAGAAGAGAAAGGAUAAGGCACAGGUGGUUUAUGAGAGGAAGAAGCAGCUCACCAAGUUGAGGGCGAAAGCUGAGAAGAUCGCUGAUGAAAAACUCGGUUCCCAACUUGAAAUCCUUGCUCCCGUUAAGUACUGAGUUCUAGUCUUUUUAGGGUUUUAAAUUAAAUUUUGGUUGAGGCAUAUCAAAUUGAACUACAUUUUCAAUUUUGUUGUUGGUUAUGUGUUAUUGUACUCUAGACAAAUUUUAUGGCAUCCUGAUUAUUCUGUCU